UCCCUAACCCCAACGGUCCAAUAUUUCCCCACUUACAUUAAGCACCGAAAUCACAAACCCCAAAUACCCAACUCCUAUUGCAACUCACAUACUCUCUCAAUUUCUCUUUCUCAACACAAAUUGAAUUUGUAAUGGACCCUCCUACUUCUAUUCCUACUACUGCUACUGCCACUGCCACUGCCUCUGCUAGUGUUCAACAUGUGACCAAGAGGUCUUCAGAUGAGCUGCUCAGGAAAUUUGCUGAUUCCUGCAAUGAGGCCGAGGCCUCAGCGAGGAAGAAGGCGAUCAGGGAGCUUUCGAAGCAAAGGAAAAAAAGCCGGAAAAGCGGUGAGUUUGAUCAGAGUGAGAGUGCAUCAAAUGGCAAGAGUAGCAGCUUAGUGGAGAGGAGGUCACUGCUUCCUGUUGUUGCUGGGACUAAAAACAAGGGAUUGCUGCUUAGGCAGCUUGGGGUUCAUGGCAGGUCAAGGGAUAUCAGGAACAAGUCCCUUUUUGGUACCAUUCACAAGACUUGGAGGAGGACCAUAGAAGGGGCUUCAAAGGUUUUCAUGGAGAAGCAUUACAAUAGGCACAGGCGUUUGAUAAAUGACAUUGUUUAGCUCCACAAACAGUUUUUGACUCUGCUCUUAAUUAUCAGAAAAUUCUAUUUAGUAAAGCUCAGUUAGUGUAAAUUUACAUUCAAAUUUGUAUUUCUCAUUCUUUUUGCAUAUUGUUUUUCUAUACAAGGAAUAAAAUAAAGCUCAAUUCUAGUUCUCACUCAAAACCUCAA